AUGGCUGAUAACAUGACUGAUGGAGGUGCUGCAGACAUAUAUGUCGAGGAAGUCUAUGGUAUGCAGUGUGUUGAGCAGAGUCCUGAGAAAAAGGAUAAGGAUUGGAGGAGUUUUAUGCAGUUCUAUAGAUCCCCACCUAAGAUUUCACAAGACUACAAUGAGGCUGAAUGCUAUAUGAGUGGUAGAAGCGAAUAUGAGCAGAGCUAUGUUGAUGGUUCUGCUGAUGAUGAGGUAGAUGAUGCUGAUGGCAAUGCUCAUGAAGACAGCAGUGACAAUGACACAUCAGAUGAAGAGUACAAGCAGCCACCAGAAGAUGACAGUUCUGCUGAUGAUGAAGAAGGCCAACAGUUCAAGAAAUUUGCAAAAGAGAUUAAGCGCAAUAUAAAGGCUAAGAAGCUUGGAGUCCAUGGGAGCCAGCUUGGAGAAAUCAGGCUUGAAGAUGUUGUGGCCGAAGUGCCAAACUUAGAUGAUCCUGGUAGCCCAUGCUACGACUCUAGUGAUGCCUAUUCCUAUGAAGAAGACAGUGAUGGAGAGACACAAAGGUGGAAGAGCAUAGAGAACCGAUAUGACAGUAAGGCUGCAGUUCCUAUCUUCACACUUGGAAUGGCCUUUAGGAGCAGUAGGCAAUUCAAGAAGGCAGUGGUGAAAUAUGGCAUAGCAACUCACAAGCACAUCAAGUUUGUAAAGGAUGAGAAGAAAAAGGUGAGGGCUAUGUGUACUUGGAAAGGUUGCAAGUGGCUGAUAUAUGGUUCCAUCACCAGCAGGUCUGAGUGGUUCAAAGUUGUUACCUUUGUUGAUGAACAUACUUGCCCACCAAGGAGAGACAACAAGUUGGUCACAUCAAACGUGAUUGCAAAACAUUAUUACAGUGAAAUCAAAGAUAAUCCCACCUGGAAGGUUGGCCUUAUCAAGAAAGCAGUGCUUAAAGACCUGCUUGCAGAUGUGUCCAUUGCCAAGUGCAAGAGAGCAAAAUCAUUAGUUCUAAAGGCUGCUCUAGAUUCCAUGAAGGGUGAGUACACUAGGGUUUAUGACUAUCAGGCCGAGCUUCUUAGGAGCAAUCCUGGCUCAACAGUUGUGGUCUGUUUAGACCCUGAAAUUGAGGACAGGCAUGUCUUUGAAAGGUUCUAUAUUUGCUUUGAUGCUCUGAAAAAAGGAUUCAAAGCUGGAUGUAGAAGGGUAAUAGGAUUGGAUGGGUGUUGGUUCAAAGGUGCCAACAAUGGGCAGUUGCUCUGUGCAAUAGGUAGAGAUGGUAAUAAUCAAAUGUACCCUGUUGCUUGGGCUGCUGUGGCAACUGAAACAUAUGAAUCCUGGUACUGGUUUCUAGGGCUGCUACAGAAAGAUCUCGACAUCUGCAAUGGAGGGGAAGAUUGGGUGGUAAUAUCUGACCAACAAAAGGGCUUGCUAAAGGCAGUGAGUGAACUGGUUCCUAAUGCUGAACACAGGAUGUGUGCAAGGCAUAUAUAUGCAAAUUGGAGGAAGAUACAUACAGAUAAGGAGUUGCAAAAGAAAUGGUGGGGUUGUGCUAAGGCACCUAAUAGAAUACUUUUCAAUUACAAUAGGGCCCGCCUAGCUCAAGAUACACCACAAGGAGCUCAGGAUAUGAUGAAGACUAGCCCUGAGCACUGGAGCAGAGCAUUCUUCAGGUUGGGAUCCAAUUGUGACUCCGUGGACAAUAAUCUGUGUGAGAGCUUCAACAACUGCAUCAUGGAUGCAAGAUUCUUUCCUGUUAUUUCCAUGAAUGAAGCAAUUAGGAAGAAGUUAAUGGUGAGGAUUCAAGAGAACAGAGCAAGGGCAGAGAAGUGGACAGGGACAAUUUGCCCUAACAUUUUCAAGAAGCUGAAGGUCAACAUCAUAAGGUCAGGCAAAUGUGAUGUGCUGUGGAAUGGAGAUGAUGGCUUUGAGGUGCAGAUGAAAGAGAGUCAUAGGUUCAUUGUCAGCUUGGAGCAAAGGACUUGCUCAUGUAGGUACUGGCAGCUUUCAGGACUGCCCUGCUGCCAUGCCAUCAGCUGCAUCUACAAAGCUUCCAAAGUGCUGGAUGAAUUUAUAGCUCCAUGUUUUUCUGUGUCAGAGUACAAUAAAACCUAUGCUCAUGUCCUCCAGCCAGUUGAGGGCCCAGCCAAUUGGCCAAUUUCUGAUAUGCCAAGGCCAGAACCUCCAGGUUUUGUCAAGAUGCCAGGUAGGCCCAAAACUGAGAGAAGGAGGGAGCCUGGUGAGGCACCAAAGGGGACAAAGCUUAGCAGGGUUGGCACAAAGAUGACUUGCAGGCUGUGUGGAAAAUCAACUCACAAUGCAAGAAGGUGUCCAAAGAACCCAGAAGCAGGCAAAAAAAAGAAUGCACAUAUAAAGAGGGAUGCAAAGAAGACGAAGAAAGAUGGGCAGCCAUCAACUUCGGCAAAUCGACAAUCUACAUCCAGGGGUAAAAAGAGGAAACUUAGUGAGGACCUGGCUCAAGGCCCUGCUCAAGUUCCUGUCCAUGCUCCCGCACAAGGUACCUGGGGCAGCCAGACAAGUUCCAUUACCCAGCCAGCAAGCCAAGGAGGGACAUCUCUAAGGCGUUCAAGAAUUGCCCAUCUGUUGUUUGGGGACAACAUCUAGUAAUAGGCAGUAGGGAAGACAAUAGUAAUAGAUCAGCUAGUUCAGUUAGUCUUUUGGAUGAACAAUGUAUUAUAUUCAGUGUCCAUGUAGGACCUGGCACUAGAAGUGCAUGAUGCACUUGUGCAGCCUUUUGGAUGAACAUGUCUUUUGCUUGGUCUUUUGUGAAAACUUCAUGUAACACCUGACUUCACCAGUCCUUGAAGGGUAGCACAA